UUCCAUCAAGAGUCAAUUGACUCACCAACAACAUCAUGCGUGGCCACCGACCUCAAUUCUUUGUUGCCAGUUGCAGAGCUCUGCUCCAGGAGACCAAGCCACAGUCUCUUGUGAGGAAAUAUGGCACUGUCUCGUCUGUCUCCGCUGGGCCGACCCCGCAGUCGGCUAUUUUUGAUCAUGCUCUCGAGGCCAACGCGCCGAGGAACAACUGGACGAAAGAGGAGAUCAAAGAGAUCUAUGAUACGUCAUUGAUGAAAUUGGCUUUUGCAGCUGGCACAGUUCACCGGAAAUUCCACAACCCUUCCUCGAUCCAGAUGUGUACUCUCAUGAAUAUCAAGACUGGAGGAUGCAGUGAAGACUGCUCUUACUGUGCUCAGUCCUCUAAAUACCAAACCGGCCUCAAAGCCUCCAAAAUGGUGACCGUUGACUCCGUCCUCUCCGCAGCCCGAAUCGCCAAAGACAACGGCAGCACACGCUUCUGCAUGGGCGCCGCGUGGCGUGACAUGCGCGGGCGGAAAACCAACCUCAAAAAUAUCAAGGAGAUGGUGAACGGUGUCCGAGAAAUGGGAAUGGAGGUGUGCGUCACACUGGGCAUGAUCGAUCUCGAGCAGGCCAAGGAGUUAAAGGAGGCAGGUCUCACGGCGUACAACCACAAUGUCGAUACGUCUAGGGAGCACUAUCCGUCUGUCAUUACGACGAGGACUUACGAUGAGCGAUUGGCCACCAUUAAGAAUGUUAGGGAUGCGGGGCUGAAUGUCUGUACGGGGGGUAUCCUAGGACUGGGAGAGAAACCAAGUGAUCAUGUGGGCCUUAUCUAUACGGUCGCUACCCUGCCUGCGCAUCCUGAGAGUUUCCCGGUCAAUACUCUGGUUCCGAUCAAAGGGACGCCGUUGGGUGACAGGAUUGGGGAUAAGGAGACCUCUCCUUUCGAUGCGACGUUGAGGACGAUUGCAACAGCCAGGAUGGUCAUGCCGAGGACGAUCAUCCGUCUUGCUGCUGGUCGAACUACGCUUUCGGAAGAGCAGCAGGUUCUUUGCUUCAUGGCGGGCGCCAAUGCUGUCUUCACGGGAGAGAAGAUGCUCACGACUGCUUGUAAUGGGUGGGAUGAGGAUAGAGUUAUCUUUGAGAAGUGGGGAUUACGGCCUAUGGAGAGCUUUGAGGUUGAGGCAUUGAGAGAGCUGGUGUCGAGUUCUGCUCCAUUAGAGAUCCAGAAAGAUAGACCUGUUGCUGCUUCGGUGGCAUGAUAAAUAGCAUUGAAUACAACUUCGUUUGCAACUC